AUGAAUAUUACCGUGGGACGAAAAUCGCUCCCACAAAUUGGUGCUUUCACUAAGAGCACAAGUUAUACUCAACGCGUGCUCAAGGAAUCCGUUCCUCCUAUUUUUCAAUCCACCGAAGCCUUCCAAACAACCAUGGUUGGAAGCAAACGUGCUAGGACCAAAACCACUGUGACUGCGCACUCCGGAACGGCUGAAACAUUGCUGCCACCACAAUGGGCAGGGGCUGUACCUGUUUUGCAGCAGCCUCCCUCGGCUGCCAGCGCAUUUCCGCAACUUCUCUUGGCUGCCAGCACAUCACAGCAACCUCCCGUGGCUGCCCAUACCUUGCCACAGCCUUUGAAAGCCAUAGAACAGCCUGUUGGAAAAUUUAAUAUUAACUAA